AUGUCAAAAGCUGGUCAUCAACCAUAGAGUAACUACAAUGAUUAAAAUCUUACACCAUAAGUAGUAAAUGAUAUUUAUGUUGGACAACCGAUAGACUUUAUUCCCAACAGUAAUCCUUAUAAUCAAAUGAAUGUAAAUUAAAUACAGCAGCCAUUAUAUUAGCCAAUUCCCCAGCAAAAUUUUAAUUCAUAAUAUAUGCUCCCAAACUAGCAGCAGCCUUUUAUGAAUAACCAAAUGGGACCAUAAGGUGGCUAUCAAAACUACUAGUAACCUUAGCAAAUGUAUAUUAAUCACCCUCAAGCCUAUUUGCCAGCAUAACAAACUCCUAAGGUACAGUUUUAACUAAGAGAAUUCAAAAAAGAUGUGCUUGAUUAUUAAUGCUAUCAUUGUGGAGAGAGUAUCAAAACAGUUGUCACUAGAAAUGUGACUUAGACACAGUAUCUGUGGUGUGUGGUAGGUGGACUAGUAUUUCUACCUCUAUGCUUUAUUCCAUUCUUAGUAGAUGAUUGCUACAAAUAUCAUCAUCAUUGUCCUAAAUGCAAUGGAAAAAUAGGGUCUUCCGCAAAUGAGUGA